AUGGGCUCGCUGACGGGCGCGGGCGAGCUCACUCACCUCGCCGGUGUGACCCCGCUGAGCGACGAUGAGCAAGGGGAGGCGCUGGAGACUGGGGGUCGCGUGCAGGGCGCGGAAAACAUCCCUGUCGAAACUUGGAAAAUAAGGAUUUCGGAGCCAAACCGAAGGGGCCCUGUAUACUCGAGAGACCGUUGGCGGGAGUCUAACUGCCAUCGGAACAUUCAUGGCUCGCUCCCGUCCGCUCGUCCCCGAUGCCGGCCACCCGCCCCGGCAGCCGCGCUCGCCUGCCGCUGGUCCCUGGACGUCGGCCGUCCACCCGACCGCGCUCGCCCGCCAGCCCUCCGCCUCGGCCGCCGCGCUCGCCCGCCAGCCCUCCGCCUCGGCCGCCGCGCUCGCCCGCCGGCCGUCCACCCGACCGCGCUCGCCCGCCAGCCCUCCGCCUCGGCCGCCGCGCUCGCCCGCCGGCCGUCCACCCGACCGCGCUCGCCCGCCAGCCCUCCGCCUCGGCCGCCGCGCUCGCCCGCCAGCCCUCCGCCUCGGCCGCCGCGCUCGCCCGCCGGCCGGCCGAUCCCGCCCGCCGCGCUCGCCUACCGGCCCUCCGCCCCGGCCGCCGCGCUCGCCUACCGGCCCUCCGCCCCGGCCGCCGCGCUCGCCCGUGGCUCUCGAACGGAGCUAGCUAGCUAG